AACCAAUAAUGUCGAUGAAUCUACAGAUGAUUCUCUAGAGGGAGAACAUGUGAUACAUGGUUCAAUUCGUAAAAAUAAAGAAUUACGUGAUUCUAAAAUAGAUGAUAAUGAAGACAAAGAUCUAUAA